UUCAACAUGGCUACCCAUGACAUGUAUUUGUUUUGGUUUGUUUAUAAGAUAAAAAAAACUUCAGUAAACAGGUUCUAGGCCCUAUAUGGUACUGAAAAACGUAGCUUCAAUUAAGAGUAUGACCAAGUGGUAUCAAGUGGUCUGCAAAGAGUAAGCCUACCCUUCCGUGUGAAUGUGUGACAUUACUAUGGCAGAAUCAACAGAUGAGAUAAAAAUCAUGAAGAAGGUUACAUUUUGUGAAUCAGUAAAAGAUAAUUCUGAUAAAUGUUGUAAUACUUAUAAACCUCGAGAUAAACCUUCACCUAAAGAUAAUCCAACUACUGAACAGAAAGAUAAAAAAAAUCAUGAAUGGAUACAGGGUUAUUUACGAUUGGCGUUUGGUUUGAGUGAUCCGGAAAGUUUAAGAGUUUUAGAUGAAGUGAGUGUUGAAGGUGUGGCGAAAUAUAUUAAAGAUAAUAAAUGUAAAAACAUCAUCACAAUGGCUGGUGCUGGUAUCUCUACAUCUGCUGGGUUACCAGAUUAUAGAAGUCAAGAUGGUGGUUUAUAUGAUAAUGAAAAAGAACAACAUUAUACAAUAGAACAUUUUAAUGAUAAUCCAGACAUUUUCUACAAAUGGCUGAAAAAAUUGUUUCCAGAAAAUCUAAAGCCUACAUUGUGUCAUUAUUUUAUACGUUUAUUACAUGAGAAGGGAUUAUUGUUGAGACACUAUACACAAAAUAUAGAUUCAUUAGAUAAACUUGCUGGAUUACCCAUGGAACAAUUAGCUGAAUUUUAUGGAUCUAUAACAACAUCGUAUUGUAUCGAAUGUAAUCAGGUUUAUUCUCAAGAUUGGUUAAAAGAAAAAAUACUGACUGGUGUGGAACCUGAAUGUCUGGAAGAAAAUUGUAAAGGAAUUGUUAAACCAGAUAUUUUAUUUCAAGGUGAACAAUUUCCUCCAUGGCUUGAAGAACUGGCCAGUGAGGAUUUUUGUAUUUGUGAUUUAUUGAUUAUAUUAGGAGCUUCUGUUAAAGACCAACCAUUUAGAAAUUUAUCAUCCAAAGUAUGGGUUAAUGUUCCGAGACUCUAUAUAAACCUGGAACCCCCAGAUCCCCCUGGUGCCAAUAUGAUGAUGGCUUUAAUGUUUGGACAUACUUUUGACUUUGAUUCAGAGGAGAAAUACAGGGAUGUAUUUAAACAAGCAACAUGUGAUGAUGGAUGUCGAGAAUUAGCAGAUUUGAUAGGAUGGGGGGAAGAACUUGAUGAAUUAAUCAAACAAAAUGGUAGUUGCAGUGAUCAAAAUGGUGGUUGCAGUGACCCAAAGAAAAUUGGAGAAGGUGUUAGUACUCAGAGACAGAAUGGAAUCAAAUCAUCAGAAGAAAGUCAAGAACCUGAGAAAAAAGAAGAAAGUUGCUCAAAACCCAAAAGUUCAGCUAAAAAGACAAAUUCUAAAUCCACCACAAGAACAAGAGCCUUAACUCCUUCUAAAAAACAUUCUGUGAAAAAGCCAAGCAAAUGAAUACAAGAUUUUUUUAUGUGCUUAAUAUUUAAAAAUUCAUGCUUUGGUUCCUGACUGAAACCCUGUUUGAUUCUUAUAAUAGAGAGAGAGACACACAAGCUCUGUCAUUAUGGGACUAACAUAUGGUUCAAUUUUAUUUCAAUAAUUAUCUUUAUCAGUUGGAGGAAACUGCAGAACUCGGAGAAAACCCACGAGGUUGGUUCUGAUAAUAGACUGAUACCUCUCAUUUGUGUUUAGACAUAUUCAGUUUAACCAAGAGAGUGGUUGAGGCCAUUUUAUUGGCUGAAUGAAUUCUAAUAAAUUUAAAUGUCAACCAAUCGCGUACAGCUGACACUAGUCUAGUUUAACCAAAUCUAUCAUACUAUAACAUAUACUAAUGGAAGAACAAUUACUGAUUUAUUUAGGCCACGUUUCAUGGAAUAUUGUCUCAGUGUCAUUAAGCAAGUACAGUAACAAAUGUUGUUGUUCUUAAGUGUUUAACGUCCGCUUCCACUGAAGGUGAUAUCGCACUUGUCUUAUUUUCAUUUUCUUAGCACACGUGCAAGGGUCUUUCCUGUGGGAGGAAAUUGGAGUACCCGGAGUAAACCCACAAGGUUUAGAAGGUGCCCCUAUCUCCUGCCACAUACUCUCACAUCAGGGAUCGAAACCACAACCACAAGCCAGAUGUGACAAAUGUGUAGGGCAAUUAUAUAUACACACAUGCAAUAACAACAAAGCAGAAUCCAUGCAUGGCAAGGUACAUAUAAAGGAUUAGUGAGGCCACACUGAUGAUUGGCAUCAAACAUACAUUAUGUAAGACAAGUUUUCUUCUUAGUAUAACUGAAUUACAGGGAAAAGAAUAGUUGAAUAAAGUUAAGUAAACAACAAAAUCACAUCAAUCUUAUCUAUCUUAAUAUUAUUGUUGAGAAUGUAAUAAAGUAUACUUAUCUUUGGGUCUUUAGUCAGUUUAUACCUUGAAUUUUAGAAUUUAAUAGUCAGCCCAUGACCAAACAGAUUUCAAGAGAGUAAAUUGGUUGGUAAUUAUAGUUUGUCAACAGGUAUGCACGAUUGACCUGCUGGCUUCAACAAAUUAUAUAAUUUGAGUACAGAAUCUGCUAUAGUCAUUAAAAUCUAACUAGCAGGAUCACCCAACAGUCAGACUGUCUUAAUUUAUUUCAUUGUCUUAUCUUUAGAAUAAUUUAAUAUCUAUUUUGUUUUUGUUGUGAAGAUCUACA